AGGAGUUCUUGACAGCUCUGUGUUUAUUUACACAUCAUUGAAAUUAGGCAGUGGAGCAGCAUAAAACAUCUAAGAAGUUCUAAUUAAAACGUGCAAGGUUACGAUUUCUUUUUGAGGAAUAUAACCAUUUAUCUUGCUUCCUCUCACCAUGGUAGACGAUGGAACACGCAAAGCUUUGAGUGGCAUUCCGUUGCUCAAGACGAAAGCAGGCCCGAGAGAUAAGGAACUUUGGGUUCAACGGUUGAAGGAGGAAUAUCAAGCACUAAUUAAGUACGUGCAAAACAACAAAUCAUCCGAUAUGGACUGGUUCCGGUUAGAGUCAAACAAGGAAGGCACGAAAUGGUUCGGAAAGUGCUGGUACAUGCAUAAUUUACACAAGUACGAGUUUGACGUGGAGUUUGAUAUUCCCAUCACGUAUCCAACAACAUCGCCCGAAAUUGCACUGCCCGAACUAGAUGGAAAGACGGCGAAAAUGUACCGUGGGGGUAAAAUUUGCUUAACCGACCACUUCAAACCACUCUGGGCGAGAAAUGUGCCCAAGUUCGGUAUUGCGCACGCAAUGGCACUAGGGCUAUCACCAUGGUUAGCUGUCGAGGUCCCGGAUCUAAUAGAGAAAGGCGUGAUAUCGUACCAGGAAAAAGGUACAACGUCUGGUUAGGGACGGUUACUCAACUUUUCCUACCAUCCGUUCCAGUGGUAUUUAAAAACAUGAUUUGUUUAUCUACUCGCUUAUCAUUAUUAACUGUUGCUUAACAAAAGAGACAAGCAGUUGUUUGCUUGUUCGUCGGCGAGAAAGGCAUGCAAAUAAAAAAAAUGU